AUGAAUAUAUGGCCGUUCCUGCCGCCUCAUCGAUAGUUUCAUACGGAGGAGCAGCCACUUCUAACUUUUUGACAACACCAGUUACACCUUUUCUUGCGGGAUUCUAUAAUUCAAAUUUUGUAACCGAUCGUAUAAAUUCAUGUGCUCCGUAUCGAGUGGACCGGAUCAGAAAACAACUACAAGAUGAAGAAGAAAAUGGGUAUCCACCUGCUGAUGACCGUCGCCGCGGAGCCCUGUUUUGUCGUUCGGGAACCUGGUUGGAGAUGCUUCCUAUCGAAAAUCCUGACGAUGGAUCGACACGUGUCAAAGUUCAUGGAACAAAAGAGGAGAGUUCCAAAUUCAGUAUAGUGGAGUUUGUGUCAGUGGCAAUGAGUCUUGUAUCGAUUCGAGGAGUUGAAACAAAGAAUUUCAUUUGUAUGGAUCCAUCGGGGAAAUUAUAUGCAACACCAUCAUCUAAUUAUUCAACAGAAUGCGUUUUUCUCGAAGAAAUGAUGGAAAAUUAUUACAAUUUAUAUGCGUCUUGUGCUUAUGGUGACAGGUUUAAUCCCUGGUAUAUUGAAUUACGACGGAGUGGAAAACCAAGGAGAGGUCCUAAUUCAAAAAAACGUCGGAAAGCGAGCCAUUUUCUAGUUGUUCAUCACGAUCUUGACCGGUUACGAAGUCCCGUUCCAAAUGGAAAUGACGUAACCGAUCUGGUAGUUGCUUCACUCUUUCACCAACCUCCCAGUCAUCCAUUAUUCCGACAGCAGACCGUUACAAAACCACCAAAUCCACAUCGUAUUUCAAAUUUACGAGCAAAAGUGGAAAUGACGAACCAAGCUGAGAAGCAAAGAUUAUUAGAAGAAAAGAAAAGACGAAGAGAAAAGAAGAAACGAAGGAGAGAAGAUCGAUUAAGAAAAGAGGAACAAAUUAGAGAAGCCCGUCGCCAAGAGCUCAAAAGUCUUCGUGAAGAAGAACUCCGACGUCGUUAUCAACAACAACAGCAGCAACAAGCAUCUACUCAAACUCGGUACAAUCGUCCUCAAAAUCCAGCGAAUCCUUAUCCAACGUAUCGACCUCUUCCAACAAGAUCAACAGUACAAUCUCCACGACCUGCAUACAAUCCAUAUUGGCAGUCUCCAGUGACACAGGCUCCUCAUCACAAUUCCCAUCACCAUCAUCAUCACCAUCCACGUGUCAGCUCUUCAUCAGACCCUCAACAACGUCAUCAAUCACAACAACACUAUCUAGCUCAGACAGUGUCAAAUCCAAACCGUCAGAAUGUUAACUAUCAACGAUACCCGUGAACGAUCUCUCUUCUUAUGAUACCCCGCACAGCAUCUAUCAUCAUGAUCUUCUCAUUUUCUUUCCAUUUCUUCCUGCCUUCUUUUGCUUAAUUAAUUUUUUAUCAGGGCUGAUUUUGAGAAGAAGCGCAGUACAUUGUCGUGAAGUUCGUAAGGCACGGUGCUUUAGAAAUGAAACCCUUUCUUGUGAAUAUUGAAACACACAACGAAUUUUCUAAUUUUCUAUUUCUACCUUCAUAAUAUUUCUGUAUUAGACUCUUAAAAUCACACCAUGCUCUAAAUACGACAAUUUGCGUACACUACUGUUUUUCUUCCCAAGCUCGCCCCUUUUAAGUAUGUUUUCCAAGUCUCUCUAAAACACCCCCAACUCGCCACGUGUCUCAUUCCAUACUCACGGGUUUUGUAUUUUGAACAUACUGUAACUUACUAUUAUGAAUAAUAUAU